UGCCCUCUCCCCACCCCCCCAUCCCCUGCGCAGUGUCCGCUGGCGGCCCCCGAGUUGGUGGUCAGCGGGUGCGGGAGCAGAGUGCCACAGGGACAGGUCUUAGCCUUUCAAAUGCCUGGCAACGGAAAAGCCUGUAAAAGCAGCAGCCUCUGGCUGUGGGUAGUACUUUCUCAGGGGGCCAAGGGAAGUUCUAUGAAGCUCAGCAGCCCUGUCUAGCAGAAAGGGCUACAGAAUUCAUUUGUUUUGUUUUUAAAUUUAAUUGAAACAGCGAAAUAUAAAAAAGUAGUUUUUGCUUUUAAAAAUUAUUUAAUAACUUAGGAAAAGACACAAAGACGUGGAAAUGCCUCGGUAUCGUUCCGUGUGUUCCCACACCUGUUGCCAGCCGCUGCUCAGUUUUAUACUAACUACUCCAUUCCUGGAAACCCUGGUGGCGUAGCGGUUAAGUGCCACGGAUGCUAACCAAGGGCUCGGCAGUUCAAAUACGCCUAGGCGCUCCUUGGAAACUCCAUAGGGCAGUUCUACUCUGUCCUAUAGGGUCGCUAUGAGUCGGAAUCGACUCGAUGGCACUGGGUUUUUUUUUCUUUUUAACUCCAGUCCUCAGGACAGUUAGAAUUAGACCUCUCUCCUGUCCUGGACAGUGUAGGAGUGUCUCUCUUCUAGCUGCUAUAAAGUAAAUCAUCAUGAGUACUUCAGUUGCACUGGCAUUUGUCAUCUUGCAAUGUGAGCUCAGGUUGCCACCUAACUAUUCACAUCAUGCUUUCCUAACUCAGCAAAAUGGCACAAUUCUGGUUUGCUUAGUUAUUCAAAGAGGGAUUUUGAUCUUUUCCAAUCAGAAAGGAGUGAAUUUCUCUUUCUGAAAACACACACACACACACAAACACACGAGAAAAGAUCCAGAUGGAAAUAUACUGUUUUAACAGCAGUGCCUCUUGAGGAGCAGAGAACAUAUAUAUAUAUAUAUUUUGUGUAUAUUUUUCAAUUUUCUACAAUUUAUAUAUACUGCUUCUGCAUUGGUAAGAAAAGUAUUAGUCUUCAGUUUAUCUAAGGUACCACCUACUUUGUGUUUAUUGACUUAAUUUUAAAACAAAAGUAGCUCUCAGUGCCUUCUCCCUGCAUUUGCUUGAACUGCUAACGUAGUACUAAAUAUAAUAAAAAAUUAGUUUAUCCUGUAGACUUAUUCCUAUGCAUGUUGUUAAAAUAAAAGCAAUAUUAAGCCAAUGAUAGGAAUUGGUUGAUUUUAUUUGUGGGUUGGGCAGCACUCUUGACUAAAAAAAAAAAAAAAGGAAUACUCUGGAGAAGAAAGAUUUUUUAAGGCUUAUAUAUCUCAGUGGAAAGAGGGUCAGAAUAGGAUUUAAAAAAUAACUUGUGGAUAUGUAUGAUUUUAUGCAACAUUUCUUGAAAAAUAAGUUAAAUAAUCAAUGACUGACCUUAAAGCAUAGCUUUUCAUCUAACCUUUCAUGUUGCUGUUGUGAGUUUGUUUGUCAUAUUUGGCAAAUCUGGUUCAAAAGAUCUCUUUAAAGUGCUAAAAAGCAAAGAUGUCACCUUGAUGACUAAGGUGUACCUGACCUAAGCUGUGAUAUUUUCACUUGCCUCAUAUAUAUGCAAAAGCUGACAAUGAAAAAGGAAGACCAAAAAGGAAUUAUCCAAGUUGUUGUGCUGGUGAAGAGUACUGAAUAUACCACAGACUGCCAGAAGAACAAACGAAUCUGUCUUGGAGGAAGUGCAGCCAGAAUGUUCCUUAGAAGCCAGUUUGGUGAGACUUCGUUUUGCAUACUUUGGACGUGUUUUCAGGAGGAAUCAGUCCCUGGAGAAGGACAUCAUGCUUGGUAAGGUAGAAGGUCAGUGAAAAAGGGGAAGACCCUUAAGGGAUGGAUUGACACAGGAACUGCAACAGUGGACUCAAACUUAGCAACAAUUGUGAGGAUCGCACAUGACCAGGCAGUGCUUCGUUCUGUUGUCUAUAUGGCCACUGUGAGUCAGAGCUAACUUGAAGGCACAUGACCAGGCAGUGCUUCGUUCUGUUGUCUAUACGGCCACUGUGAGUCAGAGCUGACUUGAAGGCACAUGACCAGGCAGUGCUUCGUUCUGUUGUCUAUAUGGCCACCGUGAGUCAGAGUUGACUUGAAGGCACAUGACCAGGCAGUGUUCCGUUCUGUUGUCUGUACAGUCACUGUGAGUCAGAGCUGACUUGAAGGCACGUGACCAGGCAGUGCUUCGUUCUGGUGUCUAUACGGCCACUGUGAGUCAGAGCUGACUUGAAGGCACAUGACCACAGCAGCAGCAACGAUACAUGCACACGAAAGCUGAAUAGUGAAGAAGGAAGACAGAAGGAUUGAGGCGUUAGAAUGGUGGCGUUGGUCAAGAACAUCAGAUACCUCGCGGACUGGCAAAAGAACGAAAAAAAAAAACAGUCCUAAAAAAAUUACAACCAGAACGUUCCUCAGGAGGGAGAUGGCAAGACUUUGACUUGCUUACUUUGAACACAUCAUCAGGAAAAACCAAUUGCUGUAAAAGGACGUUAUGCUUGGUAGAGGGGCAGGAAAAACAAGGGAAACCGUCAAUGAGAUGGAUGGACAUAAAAGCUGAAACAAUGGAUUCAAAUAAUACGUUGUCUGAUUUCUUGACUGCUGCUUCUGUGAAUGUUGAUUAUUGAUCCAAGUAGGAUGAAAUCAUUGACAAUUCAGUUUUUUUUCCAUUUAUAAUGAUGUUGUUUAUUGGUGCAGUUGUGAGGAUUUUUCUGUAGUGUUUGUAGGUCUAACUAUCAUCCAGGAUCAGGAAGCUUUCUUAAACAACACAGACAUGGAAACAAGUGGGGUGCACCAGGAUUGCUGUUCUCUUCCCAAAGAAUCACAGAGAGCCCACUUCCCAGCCUUUCUGACUUUGCUUACACUUUGCUCAGAGUUUGGAAUGCAGGGCCAAAGGACCCUCUGAGUUCACAGCCCCCGAGUUCCCUCUGAUUUUAAAUGUGAGUGUGCAAUGACUCUACUGCGUGAGCAAUGAAUUCUGAAGUCCGUGAGUACGUGGACAGACUUUAGUGUUGUAACCAAGUGACAGGUUAGAGGAUUACCAUGCAGCAAAAUAAGGGCUGGAAACCCUUAUUUUGGGCGUAGUGGUGGUGUAGUGGUUAAGAGCUACAGCUGCUAACCAAAGAGUUGGCAGUUCAGAUCCGCCAGACGCUCCUUGGAAACUAUAUGGGGCAGUUCUACUCUGUCCUAUAGGGUUGCUAUGAGUUGGAAUUGACUCGACGGCACUGGGUUUGGUUUUGGGUUAAAAAAAGGGCUAACGUUUAUAGGGAGUCCCUCACUUACGACAUAUUUGAGUUAGGAUGAACUGUGCUUACAACCUUUUUUUUUUUUUUUUUGGUACAUCUUAUCGUUACUAAAGUCAGGAAAGGUGUGUGUCAGGGUUGUACCCUUUCACAGUACUUAUUCAACCUGUAUGCUGAGCAAAUAAUCUGAGAAGCUGGACUAUAUGAAGAAGAAUGGGGCAUCAGGAUUGGAGGAAACCUUAUUAACAACCCGUGAUAUGCAGAUGACACAACCUUGCUUGCUGAAAGUAAAGAGGACUUGAAGCACUUACUGAUGAAGAUCAAAGGCCACAGCCUUCAGUUUGGAUUACACCUCAACAUAAAACAAAAAUCCUUACAACUGGACCAAUAAGCAACAUCAUGAUAAACAGAGAAAAAAUUGACGUUGUCAAGGAUUCGUUACUUGGAUCCACAACCAAUAACCAUGGAAGCAGCAGUCAAGAAAUUAAACAAUGCAUCGCAUUGGCCAAAUCUGCUGCAAAAGACCUCUUUAAAAUGUUAGAAAGCAAAGGUGUCACUUUGAGGACUAAGGUGCACCUAACCCAAGCCCUGGUCUUUUUAAUUGCCUCAAACGCAUGCAAAUACUGGGCAAUAAAAAAGGAAGGCGGAAGAGGAAUUGAUAUAUUUGAAUUGUGGUGUUGGUGAAGAAUAUUGAAUAUUCCAUGGACUGCCAGAAGAACGAACAAAUUACCCUUAGAAGAAAUACAACAAGAGCGUUUAUUAGACGCAAGAUGGAGAGACUUCACCUAAUUUACUUUGGACAAGUCGUCAGAAAAGACUGAUCGAUAGGAAGGGACAUUAUGUUUGGUUAAGUAGAGGGUCAGCAAAAUCAAGGGAGACCCUCAAUGAAGUGGAUUGACACAGUAGCUGCAAUAAUGGAUUGAAACAUGGCAAUGAUCAUGAAGAUGGCGCAGGAACUGUCAAACGUUUCAUUGAUAAGGUCACCAUGAGUUAAAACUGACUCAUUGGUAACUAACAACAACGAAGAUUUUUUAAUGCUUUCCUUUCCUAAUUCUUAGCAUUGUAUCUACAUGAAAACAAGAUCUAUAUUAAUUUUAUGUAGUAUAAGAAAUUAUAGAAAACAUUCCACUUCUAUUUUUACAUUACGUGAAAGACACUUUCUAGUUGCUAUUUAAGAAAUACUGUUUUUCCCCAUCUUGCCAUAGUUCACGUAUUGUAUUAUAUUUGGUGCCUUCUAUUGGACAUGGAUGGAUGGGAGGAUGGUUGGAUGGGGACAUAAAGUAUAAAGUGGGUCCAAUUUAUUUUCAGAAAUAAUCGAAUUACUACAAUUUAAAGAAGAUCGCCAUUUUGUGCCUUAGUUUGGAUGAAGACACAUGUGCAGACACAGCCACUAGUGGGCAGUAGUAACUGACUGGAAAUCUUUCCAAGUGUGGGGGGAAAGCUCUUCCUUCAGGAAGAACAAACUUGAACUUUCUCUAGAUCCCCUCCCCCCACCUUCCUACAUCAUCAUUUCUCCAGCCUUUGUUGGCCGGAUGCAAAAACUGGAGCGUACGAGAAACAGAAUAAAGGAACCAGUACACCCCGAGUGCUGGGAAAAUGAUGGCUCACAGUCUGUGUCACAGGACUGAGAGGAAUUGAAGGCUUUCUACUUUCAGGACAACUAGAAUUCGUUAAUAUCACAUGCUAGUAAAAUUUUCCUGAUGAUAAUUUAAAAAUGGUUGGACCAGUACAUUAUCAGGGAACUGCAGAAAUUCAAGCCAGCUCCAGAAAAGGACGUAGAACAAGGAAUAUCAUUGCUGAUGUCAGAUGGGUUUUGGCUGAAAGCAGGUUACCCCAGAAAGAUAUUUAUCUGUGUUUUAUUGACUAUGCAAAGGUGCUUGACUGUGUGGAUCAUAGCUAAAGAAUAGAAAUUCUAGAACACUUAAUUUUGCUCAUGCAGAACCCUUACAUAGACAAAGAGGCUGUUGUUGGAACAGAACAAGGGGAUGCUGUGAGGUUUAAAAUCAGGAAGGAUGUACGUCAGGGUUGUAUCCUUUACCAUACUCAAUCUGUAUGCUGAACAAAUAAUCCAAGAAGCUGGACCAUAUGAAGAAUGGGGCAUCAGAUUUGGAGGAAGACUUGUUAACAACCUGUGCUAUGCAGAUGACACAACCCUGCUUGCUGAAAGUGAAGAGGAUUUGAAGCACUUCCUGAUGAAGAUCAAAGACCACGCCUUCAGUAUGGAUUACACAUCAACAUAAAGAAAACCAAAAUCCUCACAACUGGUCCAAUAAGUAACAUGAUAGAUGGAGAAAAUAUUGAAGUUGUUAAGGAUUUCAUUUUACUUGGAUCCACAAUCAGUGGCCAUGGAAGCAGCAGUCAAGAAACCAAAUGAUGUAUUGCAUUGGGCAAAUGUGCUGCAAAAGACCUCUUAAAAGUGGUAAAAAGCAAAGGUGUCACUUCAAGGACUAAGGUGUGCCUGUUCCAAACCAUGGCAUUUUCUGUCACCUCACAUGCGUGCAAAACCUGGAGAAUGAACAAGAAAGACCAAAAAAGAAUUGACACCUUCGAAUUGUGGUGUUGGCGAAGAAUAUGGAAUACACCGUGGACUGCCAGAAGAACAAACAAAUCUGUCUUGGAAGAAAGACGGCCAGAAUGCUCCUUAGAAGCGAGGAUGGCCAGACUAUGUCUCGUGUACUUUGGACAUGUUAUGAUGUCCCUGGAGAAGGACAUCAUGCUUGUAAAGCAGGGGGUCAGUGAAAAUGAGGAAGACCCUGAGGAGUUAGAUUGACACAAUGGCUGCAACAGUGGGCCCAGACAUAGCGAGAACUGUGAGGAUGGUGCAAGACCACGCAGUGUUUCUUCCUGUUGUCCAUGGAGUUGCCAUGUGUCCAGGCUGACUGGAUGGCACCUAACAACAACCGAAUUCAUUUCAGUAAUUAUUCUCCUGUUUUAAAAUAAAGGAAUGGAGGUGACCAUCAUAUUCUCUGGGGCAAUAAAUAUUCUAAUGCUUUUUAAGUCAAUAUGGGCCAAGUGUUUUUGGACCAAAUAAGGACAAAACAAAACACACCCAGUCACCAUGGAGUUGAUUUCCGACUCCUGGCAACCUUGCGUGUGUGAGAGAACUGCUCCACAGGGUUUUCAGUGACUGAUUUCGUGAAUGUAGAUCAUCAGGCCUUUCUUUCGAGGGAACUCUGAGUGGACUCGAACCUCCAGCCUUUGAGUUAGCCACUGAUUCAGUUAACCAUUUGCACCACCCAGGGGCAAAUAAGGAAAAGAUGGUGUCAAUUCCUGGUUUCCACAUUUGUGCUCCUUUUCCCAGUGGUCUCCUUGUGCAUGUGAGGCAGCACAGGAGGCUUUACACAGUGUGGUUCCGUUGACUCGAGGGGAACUGUAGGGGGUGUGUUGCAUAAGGGGCAGUACCUGCAGUCAGCAGACACCUUGACAUGCCCCGUCUGUUGUUUCCUUGUGAUGGUGCCUGUGUGACGGCAUCCCAUAUCUUUUUUAUCUUAGAGUGCUUUACUGUUCAUUUUCACCAUUGCAAUGCAAUACGGUCAUCCAUUAUUUCAGACUCUUGAAGAUCACAGAGAGCCUAAAAAGCCCCAGAGAGCUUAAAAAAGAGAAUCCUCACCAAAUCCAAAGGCAGGAGGACUGGAACCAGAUGCUGGAAAAGUAGUGUUCCUCCUCUCACUUCUUUGCUCCCCCUGCAGACCAGCAUCCUCUGCCCAGGGCCCAGGCCAGGAUAAGGCUCCCCCAGCCUUGAGACCUCAGGAUACUCAUCCUCAACCUGCUUCCUUCCUGAGGAGGGUCUAUUGCCCAAAGAAGAGAGAACCACGGUGAUUUAGGGAAAUAAUCCACUGGGUGUCCACGGCAGAUUGUGGUUUUAGGAUUUACCUGAUCUUGCUCUGUCCUGCAUGUGCGAGCCCAUUUGAAAGAGCCUUGAAGAAGGGAGGGAUAAAGCUGGUGACUGAUGGGUGUGAGGGCAAACAAAGGAAGGAGUUGACACCCACUCGGGAACCAGGGACAUAGUUGUGCUAUCAGGAGGGAAACGGAGAUAGAAUAGGAAGCAGAGUCUAGGGGAAGUUGAGGGGAGUGGCUGAAGAUUGUGUAAUCAUCUUCCAUUGUUUGAGUGGUUCUCCAUUCAAGCCUGCUGAGGCAGAGUCUGAUGAGCUUUCAGGUUUGGCAGUCAGACCAUUGCAGUAGCCGUCUUUCCUCCCAGGCUGGGUAUCUCUUGAUUCUGACCACCUUGUACAUGACUGCCAGAUUAAUAGCCAGUUUUUCUAAAUGGCAACUAUAAUUUUCUCACCUCUGUUCAAAACCAUUGAUAGAUACAUUUAGAUAUGUCUACUUGGUCUACUGCUGUUUGCCUGUCCUGCCUGCUUCCCAGUGAUCCAUAGCAUCUUCCCCACGUCUCUCUCUCCCCUAUCUCUGCUGACUGUCUCCACCGUCCUCCUCAAUAUUAAUUGCUACUUUUCCCAGGAAGCCUUUCCAGAUCUCUGUGAAGGGAGUUAAUGGCUCCUUCCUUUGAGUCCACGUGUGCAAUGGUUGGUGUAGUGUCAGAACCUGUCUAACUUUUGGGGGGAUGAUGACAAGGGUCGGCCCAAGGCUGAUUGCCAUGAGGUGGACGUCAGGCAUACCUCUACUCUCCAACCUUUUACCAACUCUGACACCACCCGCCCCUCCCACAGACUCUACCUCUUUUCUGAGCUUGAUAAUCUGUUGCAGUGGCUACACAGGACUCACAGACCAUACUUAGAGUUAAGUGGUUUAUCAAGGAAGUAACAGGGCACAACUGGCACAACUUGGGAUCAGGUUCAACAGGCUCUACAACUCAGGAUCAGGAAGCAUGUAGGCAAAGUCUCCUGCUUCAGUGCAGGACAGCUCUCUCAACUCCUUUAGGCCUUGGAGGGCUCCUCUCAGCUCCCUCAGGACAGGCCUCCUCUUGGCUCUGCUGUCCGUCACUACUGUCUUUGCUGCUGGGUCCCUUCUGUUACAGCCCUUGACCCAGGUUACAGCUCUUUUAGAGGUGCCUUGCCUUCUUUCUCUCUGUUUCUCUCUUACCUUUCCUCUUUUCUGCUUCCUCCUGCUUCCUUUAUGCCUUCUUCUUUCUGUGUCUAAAACCUCCGGGGUGGGGGUGGGGGUCAGCUGCAUAUAUACAAAACUUCUUGUCAAUUUCAAGACUUGGCCUCACCCAGCAGGGGGCCACAGACUGAUCAAUCCUGUCUCCGUUGGCCACAGACAGUUCAUUUGCAUAGUAAGCAUGAAGGGCUACAACUCACCUCAUUUCCAUAGUCAUUGACCAGUCCCUGCAAGAUGCAUAAAAUAGACCAAUCACAGGGCAGGCUGCAGCCCAGGGCCAGACAAAAAGUAUCAAACCGCAAGUUGUGUACAGCUUACCCAGGAAGUGUCAGUCAGCCUGGACAAAAGUAACACAUCCUCUGGGGUCGAAAACUAGGGCAAAGGUGACUCUCCUCAGGGCUUAGGGGAGAAUCUCUCAAGCUGUUUUUCCAAAGAACCAAGAAGAAAGGCCAGAUAAAGGAACUCAUUUCGCCACAGUGCAUAGGUGUUGUGUGUGACCAGGUCGUGAGGGCUUUUGCUUACCUUUGUUCAGCCAUCCAGUUUAUCAGCAGACCAUCUUGGCUGUGUUUUCAAAAUGGGUCUUGGGAUUAGUGAUUACAUAUUAUGAAGUUAUUAACUGAAAAUGGAAUAAAAUUCUUAAAUGUAUCAACUUUUUAAUUAAUUUAUACAUAUAAGGCAUAGCUAGUGAAUCUCUGAUUAUAUAAUCCAAGGUAAUUUAGCUUUCAUGGCAUAGAAUGUUGUGAAAUAGUUGAAAAAGCCCCAGAUUAGCAGUUAGAAGACCUGGAUUUAUAUUGCAGUUUUCCAUCAACUAACUAAUUUGCUUUGGUCAACUUAGAAAAUAACUUCGUAUCUUAAUCAUGGAUAAUAGUAAUCAAUUUCAGUAACAGAGGCAGGCAGUCUCCGAGCCCAGCCCUUCUGAGAGACACCUGCUCUGGUUUAUCCCCCUACAUUGAGCAGGAUAAGCUGCACAUUCUUCUCGAAUUGUCCUUGACAAGAUGACCACAAAUGAGGCCGUAGAUGGCCUCAACCCACCUUUGGGCAGAGACUUAGCAUCCUAGUGAAAGAAAAUCAACCUGUUCCUCUACCCUGGCGAUCGAACGCCUGUCUAAAGAAAAUGCGUAGUCAUCCCCAAGCUCUGAGCACCUGUGUAAAGUUCAAUCUUGAAUAUUUGUGAUGAAUUUGCAUUUCCUUGUCUGCUCUCUGUAAAAGCCCACCUCCACAAGCUUCCUGCUAGCAGUCUUGGAGGUAGCAACCCUGACUGCUCCUUUCCUUGUACAAUGAAAUAAAGGCAUCUUUCUGAUUUUCCUCUUUAUUGGCUAUAAUAAGUCACUCUGAGCAAAACCUGGGUUUUUCACUCAGCAGCCUAACUACCUUUUGAACUCUUUAUUCGGUACCAGUACUGGACCAAUACCUUAUAUAUUGUCAUUUAGUCUGUGAGGUCGUUAUUCUCCACUUCACGGAUGUGCAAACAGGCCCAGAACAUUGAGUGAGGAUCCUGGUACCUGAACCCACACUGUUGAAUUCGAAGGAAAAAGUUGUGUGUGGGAUCUCUCGUACUGCUUGUGUUGUUGUUUUUAUUCGGGGUGGAGGGGUAAGUAGGUUGAUACGAUGUGUUGUGUGUGUGCGAUCAUGCUGUAAUUAUGAAUAAAUUACAUAGAUUGUUAAAUAGAUUGACUCUUAUGUCCUAUUCAUAUGUACUUUGCACUGUCAGAUUGAAGAUGGAUGGACCACAAAACGUCUCCAGUGGUGACGGCUGCGUAGGGGAUGUAGUUACAGAAAAGUACGUGGUGGAAUCCACGGAAUAUGCCUCGCACGUUCAGCUGGCCUGCAGUGAGCCUUACUGUGCCUUUCCUCUAAAUGGACAUGAGCUUUGUGUUUGGAAUGCCAGGAGUCCUUCUGACCAGUUUCUAAUCCUAAGAGGACACCAUCAGUCCAUAACUGCCGUGGCUUUUGGAAAUAAAGUGAGUCCGCUUCUUGUCUGCUCUGCGUCACGUGACUACGUCAUAGUGUGGAACUUGGAGGAGUGCAAAGAGAAUGCACUCCAGGCGUAUCCUCUUCUCAGCGUGUUCAUCGAUGAAGAGACGAAACAGCUUGUGACUGGGUGUGCUGAUGGCCAGCUUUGGGUCUUCAGUUUGGAUGAAACACAUCAUUAUCGUUGUGUGACACGUGUUGACCUGAGGAAAAAGAGACAGCGUUUCUCCGCCACGAAGGUGCAGUCUGGAUCGGGUGGCCCCUCAGGAGAGAGUCAGCUGUCCUCUACAAAUGAGCAGGAAAAAGAAGAGAGGAUUGAAGCUGCAUUUCUUGUCCUACAACUGGAACGCUGUGACCUGUCCCACAUUCUGAAUCCUGGGUGUGAAUGCCUUCCUCCUGAGAAUACCAAGUGUGUGUGGAUUGGAAGCUCGGAUGGCUUGUUCAUAUUUAACUUAGCAAACUUUGAAUUGGAAGCUGUUUUACUUUACAAAGACUUUCUAGGCCUCAGCAUUAAAGUUGCUGGAUCAUGUGCCAUAAUGAACAAAACCAUAAACGAAAAGACCUUUUGCUUGCUCACGUCCAUGUUUGGAAAUAAGAUAGCUGUGUUGGAAAUCAACCUCGCUGCUCUCGUGAGGUCUCAGCAGGGCCCUGGCAUGGGGAAGGGCCUUUCUGUGUUGGCAAGUUCCUGUGUUUUACCAACCUCUCCACUGUAUUUUGGAGUUGUUGAGAAGAAAAGAACUAAGCCUGUUGGUCGAAAGCUAUCUGCUGCCCGGAGUUCUGUCCAGGACCAGCCACUGGUCUUCCACAGUAAAGUCAGGUCAUCGGGCUACGCCUCCGCUCCUCAUGUAACUAUGUUUUCACCAAAGACUAAUAUUAAAAGUGAUGGUAAAAGAUCUUCAAAAUGCAAGAACGGUUACAAAUGCAAAGAAUAUCCUCUGGAGAGUACCCUGCCAGGCCGCCUUCGAGAGCAGGUUGCUGUGGCUGAGGCUCCAACCAUGGUGUGCUGCCUGCAGUAUUCAGGUGAUGGCCAGCGGCUAGCCUGUGGCUUAGCCAACCAUUUACUGCUUGUCUUCGAUGCCAGCCUUACUGGAACUCCAGCUGCUUUUUCAGGUCAUGACGGGCCGGUGAGCACGGUCAGCUGGAGUCACAGUGGGGAGUGGCUGGUGUCCGCGUCCCCGGACAGGUCCCUGAGGCUGUGGUCGGCGCAAGGGGCUGUGCACACGGUGCUCCUGGGAAAAGACGUGUUCCCUAAGCCGAUACAGUUUGCACAGUUUUAUUAUAUAGACGCUUUUAUAUUGCUGUCGUCUGGCCCGGAAUUUCAUCUUCUAAAGUAUCACGUCGACACUCGCAGAGAUGAGAUAAAAAGGUAUAAACAGAAGAGUAAGUGUCAACCAGUUCACAGGCUCUCUAUGGCGAACGCUGCAGAGAUUACCAGCUUGUCAGCAGCGAACGAUUUCUAUUCCUACAUCGUGCUUACGGCCGGCCGAAACAGAACUUUAGAAAUUUUUGACCUCAAUGCCAGCUGCAGUGCGGCCGUGAUCCCAGAAGCCCAUUCUCGACCUGUCCAUCAGAUUUGUCAAAACAAAGGAUCACCCUUUGCAGUCCAACAACCUGAGGCUUAUAAUCUUUUCCUCACUGCAGCUGUGGGUGACGGGAUAAAACUGUGGGACAUGAGGACUCAGAGGUGUGAGCGCCGCUUUGAGGGACAUGCAAAUCGCUGUCACCCGUGUGGGGUUGCCCUCAGCGCUUGUGGGCGGCAUGUGGCCUGUGGUGCAGAGGACAGAUAUGUCUACCUGUAUGAAAUGGGGUCAAGCACUUUUUCCCGCAGGCUAGGAGGACACACAGAUACAGUCACCCGGGUGGCUUUCAGCCCCUCUGCUCCCCAGGUACAGCUUUACUGCGUGUAGGGCACCGGCACCACACACAGGUCUUGCAUCAUGGUUCUUGGAUCUGUUAGACUUUAUUUUGGUGAAAUUUUGCUUUCAUGAAUACAUAUCAGGUUUCACUGAAUGCUAGGAGAAGAACUGAAGAGAGAAACCUUUAUGUGAGAUAAAACAAUCUAGUGUGUUUUCUUCUGUAAGAAGAUACACUCAGUGCCUUUGCACAUUCAAUCUAACAGAAAUAUAGAAAAGCAUGGAACUGAGAUUUAGAAAAAUAUGGAAAUAUCCAUAGCAAGUAUGGUUAUAUUUUGGACGUGAACACUGUAGUUAAAGUAGAAGUCGUAAAGCCAGUAAAAACAGCAUUUGAAAAUUAUUAUAAAAGGAAUUUGAUGCAGGAGGACCACGACACUUCAAAAAACUUUCUUAAUUGAGAUUCAAAGAAGUCAACCUCAAUUGCAAAUCAAUUGUAUGGAAUAAUAAACAAUCAUAUAAUCAGUGUAGAGGGUGCCCUGGUGGUACAGUCGUUAAGAGCUUGGAUGCUAACCGUAAGGAUGGCAGUUCAAAUCCACAGCUGCUCCUUGGAAACCCUAUGUGGCAGUUGUACGCUGUCCUAGAGGGUUGCUAUGAGUCAGAAGCGAUGCGACUGCAAUGGCUAUGGGUAGAGGGAAAUGUUUUUAGAAGAGGUAAAAUUAUUUGAAUACUAAUUAAUCUUGAAUAUUUGUGAAUAUCUAUUUCAUUUUGUUCUUUUCAGUUUGAAACUUUGAUUCAGAGAAUAAUAUCGCGUGCUUUGGCCUGAUGUGUGAGCAUGUAUGUGUGUGAGUAUGUGUGUAAAAGCAGAGCCAUGCUGUUUGUUAAGCUGCGCUUUUUCACCAAACGAUGUAUUGUUGCAAUCCAGGGCAUGCUACAGUGCUUGGCACGUAGUUUACCCUUGAGGCAUAUUGAAAAUUGAAAACAAUGAGUAAAAUCUUGUCAUGUCAUUGACCACAGAGCCACCAUCUGCACGACCCCUUGAAGGUUUCUUAGUAUUCCCUUCCCUCAUUGAUCCUAAUUUUUUUUUUCCAGUCUGACACUGAAGGAUACUUAGAUUUACAUUUUUCUUCCCUUUUAAGAAAAUCCUGGAAUAUACAUCUUGAUUGUGCUUCAGUUAUCCCCCACAUGAGAUCAUAUUUUAUCUCCUGUAAUAUACCUGCUUUUAUUACUUAAUAAUAUGUGUUGUCAUUAUGUGUUCUGAAUAUUUUUAGUGUUUUUUUUUAAUGUUACUAGACUCCUUUUUAAUCCUUUGAAUAAGACACUUCCAGCAAGGCUGAGGGAUGAUCGAGAAUGAAAGAGAGGAGAAAAGAAUGAAGUUAAAACCCAAGCAAGUUGUGGGACAGGGAAUUUGGUGUACUGAUUUAUAGGUAGAAGACAGAUGAUAGCUGUUUAAAAAAUUCAAUAUUUGGCAUCAGAUUGUCUUUAGCAUGACUAAACUGAAGGAAUUUUUGUAAUACUGAAAAAUUUUUAAGUAAUAAGAGUAUAUAGGUUUCUGUUGCCAUUGAGAUAUUUUAAUGAAUAAAUGAAGUCAGUAUGGCCUAAAUAUAGUUUUGAGAAGGAAAGGGAAACAAAGAAAAAAUUUGUAUUUUUCAUGAACAUUAUUUCUUGAUGAAGUCUAUUGAAGAAUGGACGUUCUGGUUCAUCACCUCAAGAAACCAAGAAGCUACACAAAAUGUGAGGCUAAUGGUGGCUAGUGCCACAGGUUUAAUAUGAAGAUGGUUAUGAGUGGUGAGCAAAAUGAACUGGGGAAUAAUUAGAUUGAGCAGGGAGUGGCAUAGCAAUAAAUAAGAUGAAAUGUGAAACUGCAAAUUAGGAAAGCUAUGUAUCAGCAUCGCAUUUUAUCCCAGGAAGACUAGGCUAGGCUAGUUGACAUGUAAAAGUCAAAAGAGGAUCGGGGCUUCUCAGUGAGGGUGAAAAUAGAAGUGAUGAAGCUGAGAAAUUCCCUUUAGAAAGUUACUGGUACAAUUAUGGUUGUGUUAUUUGAAAAAUUGUCAUACAUUGUUAGUGCCGUGCUUAUACGAUGCCAGAAUAACUGGUUCUCUUAAUGAGAGGCAAGUUGUUUAUUUGGCCUUAUGUAAAUAUGAAAUGUUUUAUUCCACCAGUUGGUUAUGUUGUAUAAAUAUAGCUAAAAAUUAAUAAGAAGUAAUCUUUAAUAGUUACUGACAUUAUGACAUUGAGUGUAUAACAUAUAAAUUAUUCUUUUAGUUUAAAAAAUGUAUCUAUCUGUAUAUAUAAGUGUGUGUG